AUGGAUAGCUCAACAUCAUCCGAAUAUUUGCAAGAAAAAUUGUACGAUUGUUUGCAAAUCGUGCGUCAAUAUGAUUGGCUUAUAAAUGCAUACAUUUUGGAUUUCUAUGUAGACAACCAUUGGGAAAAGCUGCCGCGCAGUUGGCAGAAACAUUUGGAGCAUGUGAAACCCGAAGAACUUAGUACGCUAUUGAAUUUCAAUGAAAUAGCUGAACAGCAGCAUGCCAAUGUAUGGCCAUUGGCGUUAUUAGCCUUACGCUGCAAAUUACGAGAGGUGUGCGUGGACAGAAGUCAGCAAAGCAAUGCUGCCACAGUGAGCGCUUGCCGCAGUCCACUACUUAGUCAUACCAAGCUGAAACAUGUAUUUAAUAAGUGUGUUAAGCCCAAGAAGCGCCAUGAAAUAGAGUUGAUGGCAUCGCAUUGCGAAUAUAGUUAUCAGCAAACACCCGUUGACUACAUUAUAGACUUCGGCGCUGGUUUAGGGCAUCUCGCACGCAUACUCGGUUAUGGCUUCAGUAGGCGUGUAUGUUGCUUAGAGAUGCGGCCAGAACUAAAUGUACAAGCUCGUUGCAUAGACAAACAAUUUGAGCUGUUCGCUGAAAAGCACUUGCCUGCUGUAAAACGCGCAACUUUUCGGCGUCCGGAGCAUGUCACGUUAUGCCUGACGGCUGAGAUACAACCACAACAGUUUCUCAAUCUAAUUGCUGAGGCGGUGCAGAGGGAAGACACCAACUUUACUUUUGGCAUAAUCGGUCUCCAUCCAUGUGGCGAUUUAGCGGUAAUUUUGAUGCGUAUGUUCAUAAAUAGUCCCCAGGCGCGGUUUCUGAAUUUCGCCAGCUGUUGUUAUAUGAAAUUGAGUACCACGGAGAUGCAUUCUAAGGUGGAGCUGCAGGGAUACCCCCUCAGCCGAUACUUGUUACAGCAACCCAAACUGGCACACUUGAGCUAUGAGGCACGCGAAAUAUCCUGUCAUGCUAUGGAAAUGUAUUGCGAUCGGCUAGCUAAAGGCGAUUAUGAGCAUUUGAAAGUGCACUCAUUUCGUGCGGCUGCUGAGCAUAUAAUCGUCAAGCAUUGGUUGCAUUUGAAACAUAGUGGACUACGUAGCGUCAAGCAUGUGCCUGGUAUGGAAUUCGAAGAUUAUUACUACAAAGCAGUACAAGGCUUAGAAGCUGUUCAUUUAGAGCGUACUGCGCUGCAAACUGCCACAACACAAAAUGAUUUACGUCAUUGGCGACGUAUCGUUAUUUUUUAUACGCUUCGUUUGAUGUUUGCACCGCUUAUAGAGAGCAUUAUACUGUAUGAUCGCGCUUUAUAUCUGCAAGAGAAUCUUUGCCAAGUGAAGAUUGAUGCAGUAUUUGAUCCGCGUAUAUCGCCACGGAAUCAUAUAACAUGUGCUUUUAAGCCUAGUUGAUAAUGAUUUAAGCAAUACGAUAUACAUAUUUGUGUAUGCUUAAAAUAGUGUUCAUGAAAAUUGAUUUAAAGUUUCAGAUAGCUGCAUAAUACAAUUUCUUUUGCACAUAAAUUUUGUGUACAUCACUGCCAUCGUAAGUUGCAUAUAGAAAGUAUUUGGCUUUCUUGAGCCUCAUUUUGCGUAUAAAAGAGGUCUAACCUGAAAAUUAAAGAAGUACUAUUAUUACUGCCACAUAUUAAUACAUAUCUACAUCUGUAAAGCUUACAUGCCACAAGAAAUCUAAUUCAGAACCACCAUUUGCACGCCUAUAUAAUUUACGUGUAAGUUCUAUCUUUGCUACUUUAUUUAGAACAUUUAUUUUUACUAUGAUUGCGCUAUUUUUUCAUUUUUAUUACUCACAGUAGAUUAAUCAUAGCUUUGUGGUGAUUAAUAAGACAGACAACACUAAUCAGAAUAAAAAUAACGAGAAAUGUAGGAAAAUAAGUGUCGUACUACCUACAAAUACUUACCUCACAUACGUUAGUGCAGACAAUAAAGACGAGAGAUUAGUUCGUUGCUUUGCUUAACGCAAGUAAAUGGCAAUUACAAUAAGAGCAACUGUCACACAACAACAAUAGCAGUAAUGAAAAAAUAUGAAAAAAAAAAUAAAACAACAUUCCGCAUCUAAGUUGCAUGACCAUUUAUCUAAAGCUGUAUAUGUUUAAGCGCCUCAGUGCACGAUACUGGACGCAAUACACGGCAUAUGUAACUACAGAGACUUGCAAACAUGUACACGCAUAUACUCUAAAGAAUAUUAACUUACAAAUGUACAUAUGUAUAGCACUCAGUCACAAGAAUUCUUCCCAAGCGCUCGGGAAUGUGUAUUUAGAUUGCAAUCUGGUACUUCCACUUCAUUAGUACGACUUAACGAGUGAGCAAUGACCAGUAAACCCCUAACGCAACUGUCCACCCCGCUGCCAUUCAAUACAAAAUUGUAAUAACAAGUGUCUCACACCUCGUUAAGAAGCCAGCGAAGCAAUUGUGUGCACAACCCUCACUCGCCCCAUUGGACAGCUUGUUGUUCUCAUGACGGACACUAAUCUUCCAGACACGUGAGGUGGAAUGAAGGGGGCGGAAAGUUACGCUGUGGAGAACAAUGUGGUGAUAAUGGAACUGAAGGAAAUAAUAAGUGCA